CAAGGCGAGAGGCGCGCCAGUGACCCACGUUGCGGGCGAGAGGGGCUAGAGGAGGGUAGGGACGCGCGGUCAGGGUCGCGAGCUGCUCAGCUUGUCAGUAGAGCCAAGGGAGGACACGGGCGCGGGGAUGAGGUGAGCGCGGGGACUGGCGGGAGCCGCCCGGUGGCGCUCUAGUCGUGGCGAGUCCCCUUUGAGGGAAGGAGCGGUGAAGAGGGCCUCCAUCUGGGGGCUAGCGCGUUGGGGCCAGGAACGACGCAGGCGGCGGGAGAGAUGGGGACGACGAGGAGGUCCCCCGGCCGGGCGGGAGGGGUAAAGAGAUGAUCUAGAGAAAGCAUACUGGUGAGGGGCAGUGUGGAGGGUCGUAGAGGUGAGGCGGUGGCUGUACAGGGCCAUAGAGGCAGAGAGCCAGAUAGAGGCACACGGGCGUGAAAGAUGGGCAUAGAUGUGAAAUAGCAGUGCGCCGGCGCUGAAGAGGAUUCAGGGAGAUGUUUAUAAGGGACCAGUUGGAAGAAAAAAGCCACCGAAAGUGGGUUCUGUAGAGUGCUGUGCAGAGGAUCCCUAGGGUCUGACCUAGUGAGGGCACCCAAACCAGGAACGGAAAGCAUUUCAAUUAGUGACUUCCUCGAUUGGACUAGGAAUGUGGGUUCUCCUUAGAGGUGGGUACCCCCUCCGUAUCCUGCUGCCUCUGCAUGGGGAGUGGAUGGGUCGGAGGGGCCUGCCCAGAAGCUUGGUCCCAGGCCCUCCUCGCAGACGGUACAGGAAGGAGGCUCUCCCAGCCUUGGAGGUACCAGUGUUGCCUGUAACUGCAACUGAAAUCCGCCAGUAUUUGCGGGCACAUGGGAUCCCCUUCCAGGAUGGCCACAGCUGCCUGCGGGCACCAAGCCCCUUUGUGAAGGCCUGGCAGCUCAAGGACCAGACUGGUGCUCCUGCUUCCUUCAGCCUUUUCAUUGACAAGACCACAGGUCGCUUUCUCUGCAUGACCAGCCUAGCAGAGGGGAGCUGGGAAGACUUCCAGGCCAGUGUGGAGGGGAGAGGGGAAGGGGCCAGAGAGGGGGUCAUGCUUGGUGAGGCCCCAGAAGCUGAGGACAUUGAGGAAGUCCGGAGGAUCUGGGACCGAGCCAUACCUCUCUGGGAGCUGCCUGAACCAGAGGAGGCCCAGCUGGCUCGUGUGAUGUUUGGCCUUACCAAAGUGACAGAUGACACACUCAGGCGUUUCGGUGUGCGGUAUUUGCGGCCUGCUCGCAGCCUUGUCUUCCCUUGGCUCUCCCCUGGAGGUUUGGGAUUACGAGGUCUGAAGCUACUGAGUGCUGAAGGCCGGGGAGAUGAAGUGCACUAUAAGGAAACCACCAUUCCCCGGCCUGGUGUCUACCACAAUCUGUUUGGAUUACCACUGAUCAGUCGGCGAGAUGUUGAAGUGGUACUGACCAGUCGAGAGCUGGACAGCCUGGCCUUGAACCAAUCCACAGGACUGCCCACCCUUGCCCUACCCCGAGGAACGGCCUGUUUACCCCCUGCCUUGCUCCCUUACCUCGAACAGUUUCGACGUAUUGUGCUUUGGCUGGGAGAUGACCUUCGGUCCUGGGAAGCUGCCAAGUUGUUUGCCCGAAAACUGAAUCCCAAGCGAUGCUCCUUGGUGCGGCCUGGGGACCAGCAGCCCCGUCCUCUGGAGGCCCUGAACCGAGGCUUAAAUCUUUCUCGUAUUCUGCGUACUGCCCUGCCCGCCUGGCACAAGUCUAUCGUGUCUUUCCGGCAGCUUCGGGAGGAGGUGCUAGGAGAACUGUCAAAUGUGGAGCAGGCAGCUGGCAUCCGCUGGAACCGCUUCCCAGACCUCAAUCGUCUCUUGAAGGGACAUCGGAAGGGCGAGCUGACAGUCUUCACAGGGCCAACAGGCAGUGGAAAGACAACGUUCAUCAGUGAGUAUGCCCUGGAUUUGUGUACCCAGGGGGUAAACACUCUCUGGGGUAGCUUUGAGAUCAGCAACGUGAGACUAGCCCGGGUCAUGCUGACACAGUUCGCUGUGGGGAGGCUAGAAGAGCAAUUGGACAAAUACGACGAGUGGGCCGACCGCUUUGAGGACCUGCCUCUCUAUUUCAUGACUUUCCAUGGGCAACAGAGCAUCAGGACUGUAAUAGACACAAUGCAACAUGCAGUAUACGUCUAUGACAUUUGUCAUGUGGUCAUCGACAAUCUGCAGUUCAUGAUGGGGCAUGAGCAGCUGUCCACAGACAGGAUUGCGGCUCAAGACUACAUCGUUGGGGCCUUUCGAAAGUUUGCAACAGACAAUAGCUGCCAUGUGACACUGGUCAUUCAUCCCCGGAAGGAGGAUGAUGAUAAGGAACUACAGACAGCAUCGAUUUUUGGUUCAGCCAAAGCAAGCCAGGAAGCAGACAACGUUCUGAUUCUACAGGACAGGAAGCUGGUAACUGGUCCAGGGAAACGGUAUCUGCAGGUGUCCAAGAACCGCUUUGAUGGAGAAGUAGGUGUCUUCCCACUGGAAUUCAACAAGAGCUCCCUUACCUUCUCCAUACCACCAAAGAGCAAGGCUCGGCUCAAGAAGGUCAAGGAUGACAAUGGGCUGGUGACCAAAAAGCCUUCUUCUGGCAAAAAGGGGGCUGUGCCCCAGAACUCUGAGACUUGCUUGGAUCAGGCCCACCACCCCUACCAGCCAAACCCCUCCAAGCCCUCAAGGUGAAGGCAGAUCUGGACCCUGAAAUGAGCCUGACAGGACAAGCUGGGACAUGGACUUUCUUAGCCUUCUGCCAAGGCUACCUCUGUCCUGUGGUCCUAAGUUAGGGACCCUCCUCAGUCAGAGGGGCCUAACCUAGGGCAGAAUCCUAUACUGAAAGAAUUCCAUUUAGCAAAUAUUUGAGAACCUCCUGUGUGCCAGGCUUUGUUCUAGGUCCCAGGAAUAGAGCACUGACAAGAGAGAUGAGGUCCCUGCUUCCCUAGAACCUGCAGUCUGGUAAGGGAGGCAAGAAAAAUAAUGAACAAACACAAAACAUAAUUUUAGACAGUGAGAUAUACUAUGAAGAAAAAACAAUAAUGCAGUAAUGCUUACAAGGAUAGUUUAAGGUCUGGACAGGUAUGUCUAAGCAGAGGGCACUGGAGAUGGGGCCUAAAGAACUAGGAUUGAGCCAUGUGAACAUCGGUGAAAGAGGAUUCCAAGCAGAGGGAAAAUGAGACACAGAAGCCCUGAGGUGGGAAUGAGCAAAUUGAGUUCAAAGCACUGGGUUCAGGCCCCCUGAACCUGGAAGGGAACAGAGGACUUCUUGCCAAAACUCCAGCCUAGGUUUCUGGAGCCACAGGGUGACACCAUGGGUAUCAGACUCCUCUGCUGCCCACUCUAGACCCUGCCAUGAGCUGGCACUUGCUGCCACUGGAUCCUUGGUGCUUGGCCCUGUAAUAUCAGGGCCCCAACGGUGGAAGCUGGCCAGAGAAGAAAGCUGUGAGCCCAGAGUGCCUGCCACGUGGACACUGGUUCCACGUUAUGCUGCCUCAGACCACUGGAGUGGACACAGUCAUGACUUUUUGUAGAGCCUUUUCUAGUUUUACUGAAAAAAAUUUUCCAUUGCCUUUG